AUAAAAGAAGAAGAGUGUUUAUUUCCGGAAACAGAGAGCGCAUGGCUGCAUGUCAGAGGGUUGGUUUGGAUCAUGGCUCAGUCAAACUCACUAAAAGCGAGUGUCCCGUCGUAUUUAAAAGACGCACAGUUGAUUAAACAAGGCGCAGAAGCUCGUGUCUAUCGAGGUACGUUUUUGGGGCGGUCCGUCAUUAUUAAAGAGAGAUUCCCAAAAUUAUAUCGCCACCCUGAAGUCGAUGAGAAACUGACGCGCCGCAGAACCACGCAGGAGGUGCGAUCCAUUCUGCGCUGCAGGAGAGCAGGUAUCAACGCACCUGUUGUGUAUUUCGUUGACUACACCACGCAUUGUAUUUUCCUGGAGGAUAUUAUUCACUCUGUGUCGGUCAGAGACCACAUUGCAUCAGAACAAAACCCACAGCGCCUCCAGGCUCUAGCAGACAAGAUCGGUGAAGUCCUGGCUCAGAUGCAUGACGAAGAUGUCAUUCAUGGUGAUCUCACCACCUCCAACAUGCUUCUGAUUACCAGAGCUGACCAGCAACAUAUUCACCUGGUUCUGAUUGACUUUGGCUUGAGUUACAUUUCUGCGCUAGCAGAAGAUAAAGGAGUUGACCUGUAUGUGUUGGAGAAAGCUUUUCUCAGCACUCACCCCAAAACAGAGACUUUGUUUGAGAGACUUGUGAAAAGUUACACGGCUUCAUCUAAAAAGUCCUCGGCAGUCAUCAAGAAACUGGACGAGGUUCGGUUGAGAGGACGGAAGAGGUCUAUGGUCGGAUAAAGCGCAGUACGCAAUAUAUUUUGGUGUCACGUGCUGUUUUUACAAGCUUAGAGCUGUAGUUUGAUGUUGGAAAUGUAGUCAUCUUUACAUUUAUUUGAGCUCUAGUAUACAAAUAUAAUGUAAUAAAUGGUUUAAACUCAAA